AUGAGACCUUUCACGACCUGCUUCACUUUGCCGUUCAGGCCGAACAACACAUCAAAAGGAAGAACGCGUCCACAGCCAGAGGCAAAGGAACCUGGACGCAACCGGCUUCCAGAGGAGUUGACAAGGGCAAGUCCGUGGAUGUGGAGAACCGGUUCAAGAAGAAUCAGACUGAACCAUCCAAGUCUGGUCCAUCCGACCAAGGGAAAGGGGCACUAUGCCAGAGAUUGCCCCAACAAGCGUGUGAUGAUCCUCAAGGCUGAUGGUGAGUAUGAAUCCCAAGACGAGGCCGAAGUUGAGACCUGGGUUUCUGAUGAAGAGGUAGUCGAUUAUGCUGAGACCGGAGAACUACUGGUGACCAGACGAUCUCUCAGUGCCCUCUUCGACCCUGAAACCGUUCAAAGAGAAAACAUCUUUCAUACAAGAUGUAGCGUGGAACAAAAGGUAUGUAGCUUGAUCAUAGAUGGUGGUUCUUGUACUAACGUUGCCAGCAAGUAUCUUGUUGAUAAGCUAGGUUUGGCCAAGACGCCCCAUCCGCGGCCAUAUCCGCUCAAGUGGCUCAAUGAUGAGACUGAGCUCAGGAUAGCCGAGGAAGUGGUUGUGUCUUUUCAGUAUUGCCGGCCACAUACUUCUAGACGGCCAUGGCAGUUCGAUAAGGAGACCAUUCAUCAUGGCCAGACCAAUGUCUAUAGCUUCAGCCACAACAACAAGAAGCACAGCCUAGCACCUCUAAGAGGGAUUGAGGCCACGGAGUUACCAGCUGAGGUACAAGGCCUCAUGGAGCAAUACAAGGACGUCUUUCCUGAUGAGAUCCCAGCCGGCCAACCUCCUAUCCGAGGCAUAGAACAUCAGAUCGAUUUUGUGCCAGGCGCACCCUUGCCAAACCGAGCGGCCAACCGAGUUAAUCCAGAACAAGCCAAGGAGUUGGAGAGACAGGUCCAAGACCUCAUGGAUAAGGGUUACAUCCGGGAGAGUCUUAGUCCGUGUACUGUUCCGGUCCUAUUGGUGCCAAAGAAGGAUGGAACAUGGCGCAUGUGUGUGGACUGCCGAGCCAUCAACAACAUAACCAUCAAAUAUCGGUACCCAAUACCUAGACUAGAUGAUAUGUUGGACGAACUAAGUGGAUCUGUUGUGUUCUCUAAGAUUGAUCUCAGGAGUGGGUACCACCAAGUUCGAAUGAAGGAGGGAGACGAGUGGAAGACAGCCUUCAAAACCAAGCAAGGUCUAUACGAAUGGCUGGUCAUGCCGUUUGGCCUCACCAACACCCCCAGCACCUUCAUGAGACUCAUGAACCAGGUUCUUCGACCUUUUAUAGGGAAAUUUGUGGUUGUGUACUUUGAUGACAUACUGAUCUAUAGCCGCUGCUUAGAUGACCACCUUAGACACCUUGAACAAGGGCUGAAGGUAGAUGAAGAGAAGAUCAACGCGAUCCAAGACUGGCCUACACCUACUACCAUUGUCCAUGUCCGCAGUUUCCACGGCCUGGCCAGUUUCUAUCGGCGGUUCGUCAAGUAUUUCAGCACCAUAGCUGCUGGCUUGACCUCUGUGAUCAAGAAGAACGUAUCCUUUAUUUGGGGACCAGCCCAAGAAGAGUCUUUUAACAAGCUUAAAUAUAGUUUGACUCAUGCACCAGUCCUUACUCUGCCUAACUUCGAUAAAACUUUUGAGACUGAAUGUGAUGCUUCAGAUCAUGAGACGCUUAAACACCUAAGAGGACGGACCACGCUCAAGAGGAGGCACGCCAGAUGGUUGGAGUUUGUGGAGACUUUUCCUUAUGUGAUUAAGUAUAAGAAGGGCAAAGACAAUGUGGUGGCUGAUGCCCUAUCCCGGAGACAUACUCUUAUCUCGACCAUGGAAGCUAAGAUCAUGGGUUUUGAAUUCAUUAACGAUUCUUAUGCUACUGACCUUGAUUUUCAAGAAGCUUUCAGGAACACCACACAAGGAGCAUUCGGUGUUUAUUACCAGCAUGAAGGGUUCUUGUUCAAGGAAAAGAAGUUAUGCAUUCCCAAAGGCUCAAUGAGGGAAUUGCUGGUUUGGGAGGCUCAUGGUGGCGGCCUCAUGGGACAUUUCGGCCGAGACAAGACCCUAAGUGUCCUGACCGACCAUUUCUUUUGGCCGAACAUGAAACGAGAUGUGGAGAACGUAUGCGCCAAGUGCACUGUCUGUCUCAAGAAAAAAUCCAGGUCACAUCCUUAUGGUUUACACAUGCCAUUACCUAUUCCUAACCACCCUUGGCCUGAGACGCCUUUAGACAUGUCCGAACUGCCAAAGUCUAUGUUCCGCAGCCGAGAAGGUGCAACUAAGGCCGAGUUCGUUAAAAACAUGCAUCGGAGGGUUCGAAUGAAGUUAGAGGAAAAGGCGGCCAAGGUCAAAGCCCGUCUCGACCAGAAGAGAAAGGAGGUGUUGUUUGAACCAGGCGACUUAGUGUGGUUACACAUGAGGCCAGAGCGUUUUCCAGAAGAAAGGAAGUCCAAACUUUCACCCCGAGGCACUGGGCCGUUUCGGGUCCUUGAGAAGAUCAAUGACAACGCUUACAAGCUUGAGCUUCCAGAUGAUGGUGUUCUAAGGCCAGAACCUUUUCAAGGGGAGGGAAUGAUGCGGCCAUCCAAGUAG